GGCGAGGCACAUUAAGCGGCAUGGGGCUGGACGCGUGCCAGGAUCACCGAUAUUGUCUCGCUGCAAGAAUACCCAAGCCAUUUCUCUUCAUUACUACUACUCCAAUGACUAAAAAGACUAUGUUCGCCAGUACAGCGCCUCGAGUUGUCUUAAUUCACAGAGAGUUUGCUAUUGGGACAAUUGAUUCAUUGAUAAAUCUACCAAAACACCAUAAACUAGGUGACGUUACGUUCGGUGAUUAUAAACAAGAUGAAGAUGAUUGUAAAUUGAGCCAAAAGCAAGCAAAAAUGGGAUUGAAGUGUCCUAGAGCUUAUAUGAUUAUGCCAAUAUCUUUUGUAAUUCCUCAUCCUGAGUACCGCGCAAUUCGUGUAAAAGACAGUAUAGCUUUAGUUAAAUUUAUACGUCCCUUAGGAUCUGAUUACAUGAUGCCAUUAUGUCUGCCAAAUUUGAUGGCGCGGAAAACACUGCAAAAAAAAGCAAUUUUCAUGGUGGAUUACGUGUCAAUUUAA